GAAACACGCUGCCCUUUUCCUCGCACUUUUUUCUCUCUCUCCUGCCACGUCCUCAUUCUUCUUCCCCACCCUUCGUUUCGAUAGCUCCCUGGAUUUUCUCUCUUUUUCCCGGCGCUCGUUGGCCUUAACAGUAUCCCAUCUUUUUUUUUUUUUGGUUCUUUUAAUUACCGAAAUUAAAAAUUGAAAAGCUGAUAGAGAAAGGGAAAUCAGAUAGAGGGAGAGGACUUAACAGAGUAAAAACCCUUUGCUUUUGCGUUAAGCAAAGGUGGGUCGGGUCUCCGGUGAUCUAAGUCUGGCUGUUGAUUCCCCUCUUGGUCCCACUAAGAUCCCCGCUGAAGACCGCCGAUAUUCUGACAAAUUUGUCUUCCCUUAGUUUGCUUGCCUUUUAUGGAUGGAGCUGAGCUAACUUGCGCAUAUAAAAUUAAAAACUAUUUUUAGCAGCUUUUUUUUUUUUUUUAAUCUGCUGCUUUUUUUUCUUCUCCUUUCUUCCUCGCUUUGUCUGCAAGUUUGGUUGUGUCUUGAGUAUGUGUAAAUGAAUUCUCUGCAGCUAUUGAUCCGAGCCCUAACCCUAAUCUCUCUCCCAAUAAAGAAGGAGGAGAGGUUUUCCAUGAAAGUUCUCUAGUAUUUGCCCUUUCUCUGGUCUUUUUGUUUUGUUGUUUAUGUGUGUAUGUGUGUAUGGGAGAGAGAGAGAGGCGCAGGCAGUUUUGGAGAGGUGAAUUAAGUGUGCUGUUUUGAUGAGCUAUGGAGGGAAAGGAGCAGAAUAUAAACAAGGAGAGUGGAGGAGGUGUUGGGAACAGUAAGAGUGGUGAUGGGGUCAUUGAUAGAAGCAAAGUAAGGAUUCUGCUAUGUGAUAACAACACCAGGAGCUCUGAGGAAGUUUUUACACUUCUUUUGAAGUGCUCUUAUCAGGUUACAUCAGUGAGAUCAGCUAGGCAGGUAAUUGAUGCAUUGAAUGCUGAUGGACCUGAUAUCGAUAUCAUACUUGCUGAAGUUGACCUUCCAAUGAACAAAGGCAUGAAGAUGUUGAAGUACAUCACCCGGGAUAAAGAGUUACGGCGCAUUCCUGUGAUCAUGAUGUCGGCACAGGAUGAGGUCCCAAUUGUUGUUAAGUGCCUGAGGUUAGGAGCAGCAGACUAUCUUGUAAAGCCUUUACGCACUAAUGAGCUAUUGAACCUGUGGACACACAUGUGGAGAAGGAGGCGCAUGCUUGGACUGGUGGAGAAGAACAUCUUGAAUUAUGAAUUUGAUCUGGUAGCAUCAGAUCCUAGUGAUGCCAACACAAAUAGUACUACUCUGUUUUCAGAUGACACAGAUGACAAGUCUCGGAGGUACAUAAAUCCAGAAAUGGGUGUAUCAAUUCAUCAGGAAAAUGAGUCUGUUGCUGCUGCCACUGCUGCCACCACCUCUGCUGCUGUUGCUGCAGCUCCAGCUUCAGCUACUGCUGUUGAGCCUUUACCUAGCAAUCCAAUGGAAUAUAGGCCUGAUGUGCCAGGAAUAAGUGACCGCAGAAUAGGACAAUUACCAUCUGGUCCAAAGAAGAGUGAAUUGAAGAUUGGCGAGUCCUCUGCCUUCUUCACUUAUGUCAAGUCGAGCACAAUUAAAAAUAAUUCCCAAGGGUUUGCCUGCAUCGAGUACGGUGCUGCUCAAAAUUUGAGGCUUGAAGAGAAAGUUCAAGCAUGUGGUCGGCAAGUAGUUAUUGAUGCUCAAUUACAUGAAAAUGGGGAGAUAUGGGAGAGCUAUUCACAAGAUGACUUCCACAGCAGUUCUAGCAUUCCUGAUUCUCUUUCUCUGGAGAGGUCUUGCACCCCGCCCAUGUCAAGAAAAUUUCCUCCAAGGAAUUUCAAGGAUGAAAAGUGCCCUCAGGUGCUUAUGCAUUCAAGAAAUGAGCUUCAGUAUGAUGCUUCAGGUAUAUCCUCACAAAGUGUUUAUCCAUUUUACAUGUCUGGAGUUGUGAAUCAAGUUAUAAUGCCGUCAUCAGCACAAUUAUAUCAAAAGAAUAUGCAUGAGCUGCAAAGUAAUGCACCAUCAGUUAUGCUGCCCCAAUACAAUCAUCUUCCACAAUGUUCCCCUCAUGUUAGUGGGAUGGCAUCAUUCCCCUAUUACCCUGUUAAUAUAUGUUUACAACCUGGUCAAAUGCCUACUAAUCAUUCAUGGCCAUCAUUUGGAAGUUCAUCUUCCCCUGAUGUGAAACUAAAUAAAUUAGAUAGAAGAGAAGCAGCAUUGCUGAAGUUUAGACAGAAAAGGAAAGAGCGUUGUUUCGAUAAGAAGAUCAGGUAUGUUAAUAGGAAAAAGCUUGCUGAAAGGAGGCCUCGUGUACGGGGCCAGUUUGUGAGACAGGUAAAUGGUGUAAAUGUAGAUCUUAAUGGACAACCUGCUCCCACAGAUUAUGAUGAGGAUGAAGAGGACGAUGAUGAGCCAGCAUCAAGGGAUUCAUGUCUAGAGGAUGAUGCUUCAGGAUCCUAAAGUUUCAAAAUCCCUUUGCAUUGGUGAUGCCUUUUCCAUUGAAGAUGUAUGGAAAUCAUAUCAAGGGAUUGAUGAUGUUUAGUUGUGUCAAAUGUCUCAACUACCCCUUGACAGUGUUCCUCGCUUUGGAUGUAGAAAUACUACCAGUUCAUCUUAUAUGGGUAACACAAUGGUUUCAACAGUGCACUAUAUGGAGCUUUUGUUUGUCCAAGAAUCUUCCCAGAAUGUUGAGAUAUUGAAAUCUUCCUUGAAGAAGAAGACCGUGUAGGGACAAUUUUUUUUAAACAAUCCACUCGAAAAUAUUAACUGUUUAAGUUUCUGUUUAGGGAAAUUUUAGGUACCUAAUGCUUUCCUGAGUCCUGAUCCAUUAGACCAUUUUAUGAUUUCUUAUAUCAUAGGAAUGAUCGGGUAGCCUGAUUGAUGAUUUAACAGGAUUUAAAAGCUAGUUUAAUAAGAUUUUAAUUCUUAACGAAA